CGGGAGGGGGAGCUGGGGGCUAGCUCAGAGCUUGACCCUUUCCUAGAGGUGUGGGGGGAGGAGCCCUGGUCUCCAGCCCCUCGGCAGAGUGACCCGGGGGCGGCUGGGCAGACGCAGGGGAGCUCUGCCCACGCUGCCGGGCUGUGGCCCCGGGGGAGGCUGCAGCGGGCGCCCGGCUCCUCUGGGCGGCAGGAGGGGAUUGGCAAGCGGCAGCUUCCCCCUCCCACACGGCCGGCUCGCUCUCCCCUCCUCCAGCCGCGGCAGGUCACCUCGCUGUGAGCGCGGCUUGGCGGGGCCGCUUUGCGCAGUGACAGGCAAGGAGGCGGCGGCGGCGGCAGCGCGCGGCUGCUCUUCUCCCCGCGAGCGGGCGGGCGGGCGGGCGCCAGGGGUACUGACUCCGGGGCCGCUGCCGAGCUGGGGGCCGCCGCCGGCGGGCUGCGCUGACAUUGGGAGGAGACGCGCCCGGAGGGAGGCGGACGCUGCAACUUGUCGCUGCGGCUGCGGGCAGAGGGUGGGUGACCGGCCGGGUCUCGCUGCCCAGCAGCGCCGCAGCUCCUGGCUUCCUCUCGCAGUCUCGGCCAGAGGCUCCGGACUAUAAAUAGCAGGUUACUCAGCUGCUGAGUGACAGGCGCCCCGGGGGAAGCGCGGCUCGAGUCUCCGCGCGGCAGCCGCCCUGCUCCGAGCCAGUGUCAAGGAGAAGAGCAAAAGUACAGCACACAGCUCAUCCAGAUAGUUUCGAGCUCCAUUAUGUCAUCAUAACCUCGCCUGUAUUUUAGGUUAUCUAAAUCAGCUGAGAACCAAGAGAGAGAGAUGGUGUCGGCUGAAAGGAAAUCUGCUUUUUCUAAUGAAAAAUAAGACCAAGAGUUCUGAAGUCUGUGACAUUAUUCUGGAGUGGCACUGUGUUGUGGAAUUCAGGAAUAAAACAGAUGUUUCAGUAGUUCUCAAGUUUCAGAGCAGAAACCCAGAUCUUUACCGUGAAGCUGCAUCUAAACCAGACUGUAAAUUGUGGGCUGUGGCACUUGGAGAAGCAAACUCAGAAAGUUUGCGGAAUAAAAUUCAGCAGCUCCGGAGGUUGAUCAUGGAAAUUAAAGAGGAGAGAACAUCAGAUGAGGCACAGCACUUUCUUCCUGCAACACAGGCAGACAAUCUUAGGGAGCCUCAGUUUACAGGUAUCCAGAGGAUUGCGAAUGAGUCAAAGCUGGAGUUUGUCCUUGCAUGCAAGGAUCUAGUGGCUACUGCCCGUGAUCGGAAGCUGAAUACAUUUGUACAGAUCUCAGUAGUACAUCCAGCAGAACAGACUUUGACGAGAUACUCAAGCACUGAAAUUGUGGAGGGAACAAGAGACCCACUCUAUUUGACUGGUGUGACAUUCCCACCGGAAUAUCCUAUCUAUGAGGAGACUAAAAUAAAACUAACUGUCUAUGAUGUCAAAGAUAAAUCUCAGGACACGGUCCGCACCCGUGUCCUGUCUGAACACAAGGAGCCAAGAACAGAUGUCGGGCGAAACUUUCUGGGCUUGGCUACUUUUAAAGUAGGAGACUUGGUGAAGUCAAAGGAACAACAGUUGACCCUUACCCUGAGAACUUCUGAUGGUGGAAAGACAGUUGGUACCAUAGGUGUCAGCAUUGUGAAGAUGGGAGAGAUAGAGGAGGGGGAAGUAGACCACAUCACAACAGAUGUGCAGAGACAAAAGUGUGCACUGGUGUGUGAAUGUACAGCACCUGAAGGCAUAAGUGGUAAAGACAGCUUACCUCUAUUAAAUGCAGUAUUAAAAAACCCAAUCUGUAAGUUAUACAGAUUUCCCACUUCUGACAACAAGUGGCUGCAUAUCCGAGAACAGAUGUCGGAGAGCACUCUUUCUUUCCAUGUUCCCAAGGAAUUGAUCAAUCUGCACAUAAAGGAGGAUAUGAGAAGGAAUCAGGACCUAAAAGAGCUAGGAGAACUUGCUCCACAUUGGGACAAUAUGCGUAAAAAUGUUGUUGCACAUUGUGAACAGAUGCUGAACAUGUACCAGGACACUCUUGCAGAUCUUGGGAAACAUACAGGAUCUUCUUUCAAAUCAAGCUGUAGUAAAGGAGAAAAGACACUAGAAUUUGUUCCAAUAAAUCUCCAUCUGCAGAGAAUGCAUGUGCACAGUCCUCGGUUGAAAGAUGCUCUGUAUGAUGUCAUCACAGUGGGAGCCCCUGCAGCACAUUAUCAGGGAUUUAAGAAUGGUGGUCUUCGGAAACUGUUGAGUAAAUUUGAGGCAGAAAGGCGAAAUACUGGAUACCAGUGUAUUUACUAUUCACCUGAAAACACAGCCAAGGCAAAAGAAGUUCUCAGCAACAUCAAUCAUCUACAGCCCCUCAUAUCAAGCCAUGCAGACCAGCUGCUUAAUUCUGCAAGCCAGCAUUCUCCAGACAGCUUGAAGAAUUCUUUAAAGAUGCUUUCAGAAAAAACAGAGUUAUUUGUGCAUGCCUUCAAGGAUCAGCUGGUCAGAAGUGCCCUUUUAGCGCUAUACACAGCCCGUCCAGGUUGUGUCCUCAAGAAGCCAACUGUGCCCAGAAACAGUGUGGAAGGGUCUGGUGAGCCACAGAGUCAGGACCAUCCAUCUCAGAUCAAACGGCAGAACUCUAUACCUCACCAUUCAGAAUAUGAUGAAGAAGAGUGGGAUAGGGUGUGGACCAAUGUGGGGAAGAGUUUAAACUGCAUUAUUGCAAUGGUGGACAGACUGCUUGAAAAAGACAACAGCAGCAGCGGCAUUAAGGAAAGCGAAAAUGACCCUUCAUCUGCAGAUCACAUGGUAUCACAUACAAGUGGUGACUGGUAUGAGCAGCUUUAUCCCCUCAUAAUUACACUCAAAGACUGCAUGGGAGAGGUGGUGACAAGGGCAAAGCAAUCAAUGACUUUUGUUCUACUUCAGGAACUUGCAUGUGGCUUGCCACAGCAUUUGAUGCUGACCCUACGAAGAGACAUCGUCUUUAGUCAAGCACUUGCUGGAUUGGUCUGUGGCUUUAUAAUCAAAUUGCACACAAGUUUACAUGAUCAAGGCUUCCUACAGCAGCUUCAUACUGUUGGGUUAAUUGUUCAAUACGAAGGACUUCUCAGCACGUAUAGUGAGGAAAUUGGGAUGCUAGAAGAUAUGGCUGUGGGCAUUUCAGAUUUACAGAAAGUAACGUUUAAAAUAAUUGAAGCCAAAUCCAAUGACUUCUUGCCUGUAAUAACUGGAAGGCGUGAACAUUAUGUAAUAGAGGUCAAGCUUCCAGCAAAGAUGUUUGAGUUGCUGCCACAAGAGAUCAAAGAAGGAAAGCAGCUGCAUGUGUACCCAGUCCUCUUUAACGUUGGAAUCAAUGAACAGCAAACACUUGCAGAGAGGUUUGGAGAUACCACUUUGCAAGAAAGUGUUAACCAGGAAAAUUUUGAACUUCUUAAAGAAUAUUACAAAUUGUUUACUGAAAAAAUGCCUCCUGAUUGCCUACCACAUUUUCAAGAACAGAAUGAUCUAAAGAGAUUACUAGAAAAUCUCCAUCAAAAUAUCCAGGCUAAAAAAAGAAAGAAUGUAGAAAUCAUGUGGGUGGCUGCAACGAUUUGCCGCAAGCUAAAUGGAAUCCGUUUCACCUGUUGCAAAAGUGCCAAAGACAGAACGUCCAUGUCGGUGACACUAGAACAGUGCUCAAUCUUGAGAGACGAACAUCAACUGCAUAAGGACUUCUUUAUCCGGGCACUGGAUUGUAUGAGAAGAGAAGGAUGCCGUAUAGAGAAUGUACUGAAGAAUAUCAAAUGCAGAAAGUAUGCAUUCAACAUGAUACAGCUGAUGGCUUUCCCAAAGUACUACAGACCACCAGAGGGGACAUAUGGAAAAGCUGAUACCUAAGUUUUUAUAAUGUAAUAAGAAACACACAUCUGUGCUAAUUAGAUAAUAUAAAAAUUGCUCUUUGUGUGUCAUGAAUUGGGAGUGUGUAACAAAAGUAGGAGUUAUCUUGGUCAGCUAUCAGUGGAUCUGUUUUAAAUUAAAAUAACUGUAGUCCGUUAUUAUGAAAGAAAACCUCAAUUAUUGUCUGAUUAAUACUUGAGUGGUCUCAAAACCAAGUAUAUACAGCCCUCACUGCUAGGCUGUAAUUUAACCAGAUUCCGUAAAGUAGUGGAGUUGGGCCUCAUAAGUAGCUUGAUGGAAGACCAAAAAGGAAAAUGCAGAUUGCUGUAGGAACUGAUGUUAGUGAGUCCAUAAUUACUGUGAGUCUGUACUGGUGCUGUACCUGAGUACUGUGUGUGAAGUGGCACCAUCCUGCUGGAGGUGAUGUCUUCUGCAUCAGGCGUAAAACAGAGAUCCUGGUCCCUUGUGGUCAAAGACCACCUUGCAUUCUUCACAA